AUGGUUUUUGUUGUAAAUGACACUAGAAUUGAUUAUCAAGCCAUGGCAAAAGCACAGGAACGCGAACGCAGUCAAAUCGCCGCUUGCCAUUGGCUUAAACUGACGAUGACG